AUGGCAAGUCAAAUAGGAAGACCAUUGUAUGCUGACCCUAUGACAGAGGAUAGAUCAAGACUAGGAUACGCUAGGGUGUGUGUUGAUGUUAAUGUUUGCUCCAAAUUCCCCAAGUUUAUAGAUAUAGAUCAGGGCUAUGAUGAAGCCACUGGGGAACGUCGUAUAUCUAGGCUCCCAAUAGAAUAUCAGUGGAUCCCAUCAAUUUGCUCACACUGUAAGGUUUUUGGUCAUUCAGAUUCCCGAUGUCCCAAGAAACCCAAAACAGACCCUAAUAAUGCUGAAGGUAGUAAGGAAGCCGGAGAGGGCGAUGGCUUCACUAGAGUGCAAAGUAGGAAAGGGAAGGCUCAAGAUAAGGGUAAGGAAGCCAGUCCAUCACCUAGGCCGAUUGUGCCUAAUUAUGCCUCCAUGACCAUGGUAGAGUGCCUUGAAUUCCAUACUGUCACAGUCCCUUAUGACCCUAAGGAUGUUGACGCUCAUAUUAAAAAUCAAUUUUGUGCUCUAGCAGAAGAAGAUAAGGAUGUCCCAUCUCCUAUGGAGUCAGAUGGAGAGGUAGCUGUAGAAACCUCUCGAGGCAAGUUGAGUGAGCGAGAUGAUAGCGACGACCAGAUCUUAGAGCUUGAGAGGGCAGGGAGUGUUAGCUCAGACGGACACCAAUCUAAGACUAGAUCUCAGGCUAAAAGGGAUAGGAAGAAGAUGCGUGAGCAAGGUGAGCAAGGUGAGCAGAAGCCUGGGUCAGCGAGUUCGAACCCGAUUCUCUAA